AUGGGCAGCUCCACUGCAUACGGGACAUCCCCAGGUCAUUCUAUUAGCAUGGCUUUUGGUGUCCUAAUCUUGAUCAUAAUCUUAACUCUCGUGGCGUAUUUCUGGCCCUGCGGUGUACAAGAAUCUUCAACCCAAACAACUACCGACCAAGGGAACUCCAUCACCGACCGGCACUCCACCGUAAUUGAACUUGGGCUCGACGAAGCUACUCUUGCAAGCUACCCCAAGUUGCUCUAUUCAAAGGCGAAGUUAGGACACAAGGAUAAUGAUCUGCAGUCUCCUUGUUGUUCUAUAUGCUUAGGUGACUAUAAGGAUAGUGACAUGCUGAGGUUGUUGCCUGAUUGCGGUCAUGUUUUUCAUCUCAAUUGCGUGGACUGUUGGUUAAGGCUGCAUCCGACAUGCCCAAUAUGCCGGAAAUUGCCUAUGCCAACUCCUCUCUCGACUCCUCUUGUUGAAGUGGCAGCGUUGGGUGCAAGAAGAUAA